GUUCGUCCACUCUCGGCAUCAAGAUGUGCACCUCAUCUGAGUCAGUGCCCAAGAGCGCUGUAUAUGAGACAGAAGCGGCUGCGUGGCUGGAUAACAUCAGCUUCUGCAGCGGCUUCUGUCAGUGGAUCGACGAAGAGUUGAGCGUCGAUUCACUGCCAGCUGAGUCCCAGCAGCCUGUGCAGUCAACAAGCGCUUCACAAGCAGAAGCAGAAGCAGAAGCAGUGAGUGCACAGCCUUCUGCUGAGAAAAGCCCAACAGAAGUUCCGUCUCGAGGCAACAGGAGAGGCAGAAUCCAUUCCUUCUUCAAGAGAGCAUGGAAGGCUGUUAAGAAGCCGUUCCUCCGUUGCAGACGGACAAGAGUGGAGUCCAGUCCUGAAACAGCAUCUGUCCCGGGACCCUCUGGGCUCCAGAACGUGCCUGACACCGAGCCGGCAUCUGCCUCAGGUCUUCCCAAUUGGGAGCCAACGACCGAACCUAUGUACAGUUUAUACACACUGCAGGGAUUGAUUGGAAAGGGAAGUUUCGGCAAGGUGUUCAAGGCAAUACGGAAAUCUGACGGCCAAGAGGUUGCCAUUAAAGGACUGUGCAAAUUCAACAACAGGCGUUAUCUUAAAAUUCCUGGUUGCUCCGCACCUCUGCCUAGAGAAGUGGCUCUGAUGCUGCUGUUGAGGCGUCCUCCAGUUAGCCCCUACGUCAUACAAAUGUACGAGUGGUUUGAUCGACCCAAGAUCUUCUCUCUUAUUCUGGAGUGCCCUCAACCGUGCAUGGUCCUGCGAAAGUUCAUCACGGUUUCGUCAGGACUGACUGAAACGAUCGCGUCCAUCUUAAUGCGUCAGUUAGUCCUGGCAGUGCAGCACUGCAUAGACCACGGCGUUUUUCACAACGACAUCCACGCUGACAACAUCCUGGUGACCACAGACACUCUGGAGAUCAAGCUGAUUGACUUUGGCGCUGCUCACCUGUUUGAGAGCACAGGCUACGACACCUGGAAAUAUUUAGGAGCAGCAGAGUACUGUCCUCCAGAGGCUUUUUCGCAGCCCAAAUACCACGCCGUCCCAACAAAUGUCUGGGCUCUGGGCGUUACGCUGUAUCUGAUGGUGAACAGACGGCUGCCCUUUUACAACAUCCGGGAAACAUUGGAAGCUUCCCCUAAGUUUUGGAAGCCCACCUUGUCCAUAGCAUGCCGUGAUCUGAUUGGCCAGUGUCUGAACCGCGAUCCAGCGAAGCGGCCGACUUUAGAGCAGAUCUUAGAGCACCCCUGGUUCAAAAGGUGGCUCUAGAAUGAAGGCAGGCGAGGGAUUCCCUCUCUCAUGUGCCUCAGACCUAAUCACUCUCCAUAGAGGUCAAGUACUGUCAUAUGUUUCAAUUCUAAAUGAUGUUGAGAAAACAAAACAGUUGUUGACCGCAGAGCACUUUAAUGUUCUGGUCCUAUUAUAGACAACAUAGUAAUAUGAUAAUAUGAAAAGUACUGGACUAGAUAGAAACAUGAUUCCAAAUCUUCUUGAGACCAUGAACCCAAACAGACCUCUAAAGGACCAGUGUGGACAUUAGGGUGUGCUUCCCAUCUAACGCUCCUGUGCAGUUAGGGAAAUCCACCUAGAUGAAAACUUUGAAGAGAUAUUCCUCUCCUGCUCAGUCGGUCUUUCUAGGUGUGUGUAUCCAUCAUGCACCUGUUCAGUGCAGCACAUGUGUCCUCGAUGGAUUUAGCCACUGUGCUCUCCUGGAAACAAUAGUGAGAGGCAAGCGUUCUGACUAAUUUCCUGAUAUAAAAUAAACUUUAAUAUAAACAUUCAUUUCUGUCUCUUCACAGAUAAUGAGUGCAGGGCAAGAUGGAAGUCACUUCGAGACAAACACAUCAAGUGGAAAAAAAGACAGCAGUUGUCAAGUGGCUCUGGAGCAAUGCGUCAACAGGAAUGGAAAUAAGCUUCAGUGAUUUCCUUCCUGAAUGUAUUUAUACAAAAUUGAAGUCGCUCCGACUCCGGUCUUCCAGAGCCCUGCCUCUGCCUUGGUUGCAUGAGCCUUCAGCUCCACCUUGGCCCUCCGGACCCUCAGUGUCACCCUGGCUCUCCAUCCGCUCGUCUCCAUUCUGGGAUCAUCAUCCAUUGGCUCAGUCUCCGUCAGUCGGCCUCCUGGUGUUGUCGGCUCCAUGGCUCCUCCCUGCUCCCUCCAUUCACUCCACCCUGGCACUAUGGACUAUGUUCCCUCUCCAUUGCCUGCCCCACACCUGCCCCCUGAUCAUCCACCCUCCCUCCUCUGUUGGGCUUUUUUGUCGGCACGAGGACAUGCCGUUCUGGGAGGGGUCAAACUCUGUUUUGGUUUAAAGUCUUCUUCUGUAUUUUGUCCGUUCUCGUUGAUGUUUAUUCAUUGAUCUAAUGUGGAUUUAUUUAGCUGUC